AUGGCACAUGUUGACGAUGAUGAGGAUUGGGAUGCAGAGUUUGGAGUUGAACCAAACAUUAACUUGUCAUUACAGAGGAAGCUGACAACAGGUGUACUAUCAAAGAAGAAGUCCUCCAAUCAAUUGUCUCCUCCAACAUCCCCCUCGACCAAAGGUCAACAGCAACAACAGCAACAACAGCAACAACAACAGCAACAAUCAAUUGGUAGUAUUAACAGCAGUAGCAGCACAACAACAACAACAAGUAAUAUCAACAACAAUAACAACAACAAUAACAACAGUAGAAGUAGCAGCACGAGUAGUACACCAGCAUUGAGUAGUGCAUCAAGUAAGAUUGCAACACCAAAUGGCAAGACUACAAUGACACAACAACAGCAACAGCAACAACAACAACAACAACAGAAGAAACAGCAACAGGAUGAGGAUGACCCAUUUGGCGAUGACGACGAUGAUGAUGACGAUUGGGCCAAAUCACCAUCGCCAUCAAAGUCAAUAUUGGAGAAUAGGAAGGAGGACUCGGACGAAGAGGAUUGGGACGCGGACUUUGGCGGCUCGUCGUCGCCAGUGAGCCUGGCUGCGCAGCUGGCCAGCGGCACCACGUCGACGUCGUCCUCGUCGCUGCUCCAGCAGCCCCAGAUGAAGAUUCUGGGUAUCCGUGCCGACCCCUCGGCCAAGGCCGACUGGGACGACGACUUUGUCUUUAACGACAGCUCUGAAUCCGAGUCCAACAGCAAGUCCAUACUCACACCAGCUAGCAACCUCCUCUCACGUGUACGAUCAAUGCCACCCUCCGCCAUCACAACAGACAACAAGCUGCCAAGUACAGUGUCAGAGUUAUUGUCAAUAUUGAAUUUCGGAAUUGAUGUAGAUUUAAGCGAUAAACGUAUUACCGAGUCAAAGACACCACCUCUAAAUGGACUAAAGCUUGUGCCAGAGACAGACAUGAAGAGGAAGAUAGAGAAUCAGAGUCAACAGAUUGAGAAGGCAUCAUUGAAUGAGAGCAAGUCAAAGUUGGAAUUGUCAAAGCUUUAUUAUGAGUUGGGCGUGUUGUAUUCGUCCAAUCAACAGACGAUACUGGCAUCCAAUCAGCUGAGCAUGGCCAACAAGAUCUAUCAAGAGUACAGGGACGACUUUGACACGCCGAUCGACCAGGACAACAGCGACUACGAGGUCAACCUCUACUUCCACCUGGGCAUCACGUCCAAGGCCAUGGCAAACAUCUUCAACACGACCGAGUACCUCAAGAAGGCGCUGGACACUAGCGCCACGGACCUCAAGCGAUUCGCCGCGAUGCACCAGAAGAUCAGCAUGGAGCUGGGCCUCUGCUACAUGACCACCGAGACCCCGCUGUACGCCACGCGCUACUUUGAGAGCGUCAUUCGGUCGGUCGUGCGCAACUGCUCGCAGCAGCACAUUCACAACAAGGACUGCCCCAACCUCGACAUUGCCGCGAUCAAGGACUAUGCCCUGCUGGCCAACGGCUGUCUACAGAUGUCCAAGACACUCAAGAUACUGAAUGAGUUUGACCUGUCGAUCCAGUUCCUCAAGCGAGCAUACGCAGCACUCAAGAAGACCAACACUUUGGAUCGCGCUCUCGAGAAUGAGUGCAUACUGUUGUACGGCGAAUUGAAUCGCGUACUGACGGGCAUGCGCGCGUCCGUCCUGCUGUCCCCUUCGAGCAACAACAAUAACAGCACGACAACAGAGGAUAAUGCGACAGCUAAGGAUCACGAGUCGGAUGCUGAGGAUUGGGACGCCGAGCUGGGCCUCGAGUCCGAGGAGGACAGUCGUCCAGUGCUCCAGCUGACGGGCCAGGCCCCGUCGGUUGCCACCAAGGACAGGAUGCCUGCGCACUACAAGCUCAUCGACACAAUCAACAAUCAGAACUUUGAGAUUGUCAAGUAUCCAAAGCCUUCGUAUCUCUACACGAUGACGACACCAGAGGGCCAUCCAUUCAUGCACGAGGAGGCCCUAUCCAAGUGGCUGGCGAGCCUGAUGGUCAAGCAUCUCACGGGCGAGGACCGUGCACUGCGAGUCAUCCCACAAAAGUCCAUCAUCGAGGAGCUGCGCAACGACUUCAUUCUCGAGUCGUCCAAGUACAAGAAGAACACAAAGAAGUGGGCACAGAUGAAUCUGGAGUUCUGCUACACGCUGCACAUCUUUGGCUACGACGAGCAGUGCUGGGACACGAUCCACGCCUUCUUCCUCGACCUGAGGGACAGCGGCACCGCGUCGCCACUGUCUUCCUCGCGCGGACGAUGGUCCAGCAACGCAACACCUCAGGCCCCGAUCAACAACAAGAACAGACUGUCAAUGGAGAUGGACGAGAAGGACACGACCUAUCACUACGCGCUCCAGAUGCUCUAUCUGGCCGCCAAGAUGUGGAAGCCCGAGGAGGACUCGUCGUUCAAGCACAUGUUCCAGGGCCUCAAGAACAUCUCGGUCACCAACUCACUGCUGGUCGACCUGCUCGUGGCCGAGACGUACUCUCACCACCUGCAUCACAAGUCUCGCGACAAUGACAGCGACAAUGAGAGCAACAGCGACAACGACACCAAUGACAAUAGCAACGAUUCGGACGAGGAGCCCGAGCUGAGGACGCGUCCCGACGAGUUCCUCGGCAACGAGGAGGAGAAGAUCAACCCCCUAAACAUAUUCCUGCGCGUCUACCAACAAUGUCGACUCAGACAACAGCAGGACAACGCACAACUCAAUGUCAACAGCAACAGCAACAACAACAAACCAUCGCCCAAGGACUACCUCGAGAUUGGCAUCAAGAACGCGAUGGUGCGCGCAUUGAUCGACAUUCACUUCCACCUCAAUGGUAUCUCGCCGCUGACGACGCGACGUUUAGGCGACCCAUACACAGAUGUCAAUGUGAACGCGCAGAUGACAGAGCUGCUGGACGCGAACCUGCGCACCAAGCUGCUGAGCGACCUCUACGCAGACAUGCCCGCCACCUUCCUCAAGGCCAAGGCGGCGUACGCGCUCGGCCUGAAUGCCGUGGACGUUGGCGACCUGGUGCUCGCUGAGAAGCUGUUCUUUGAGUGCCUCUUUGACAACGCACUGCUCAACUACAACAUCCGCAAGAAGUACCGCGAGUACAAUGCACUACUGCGUCGCGUGGCCGCACUGGCGCGUGAGAACGACGACAUCAACUCGGCCAUCUAUUAUUACAAACAGAUAUUGAACAACUACCUGGAGGACGACCCGCAGUCCAAGACCAACGAGAUCAUCUACAUUUGCGACGUCAUCAGCACGCUGUACUGGGAGAAGGGCUCGUACAAGCCCUCGGAGGAGUACCUCAAGGUGGUGUUCUUCAUCCUGCAAAAGUCCAGCAAGGCCCUGCCUGACGCGCCACCCGCCACCGGCGCUGGCGGAGGCAAGGCCGGCACGCACACGCACUUUGACUCGCCCAAGUUCGACAACCCCAUAUUCUUCCAGCUGCAGAUGAAGCUGGCCAACCUCUACCUGGAAAGCUACCACUUUGAGAAGGGCCUGGAGCUGCUAAUCACGAUGCGCAAGCACCAGCUGCCGCAUGGCAAGCUCAACUCGGUGCUGCUGCUGCUGGCCAAAGCCUUCACCAAGAUGGAGUGGUUCGACGAGUGCACCUCCACGCUCAGCCAGCUCGAGAACGAAGACCUGUAUGUCAGUCACGCGCAGGUCAAGAACGUACUCAAGGUGUCCGUUCCGCCAGCCAUCCGUGGCUCGGGCGGCAGCGGCAGCAAGAACGAGCGCAACCUCAAGUACUGGGAGCUGAACUGCCUGAACUACCUGCACAGCAACAAGUUCCAGGAGGCCCUCAUCUGCAUUGAGUGCGCGCUAGAGACCUGUCCGGUCAGUUCACUCAACGCUCGCGGCCAGUACUUCUACGUGCGUGGCAAGAUCUUCCAGAAGCUCGUGUCAUUCUCCAACGCCACAUUGAUCGUCUUCCCCACGACCCUGAAGCCAACGGGCGAGGACUGGCGCGACUUUGUCGACCUGUCGCCACCCACCACAUUCACGUGCACGGGUGAUCUGAUCCAAGAGGGCGUGGCAAGCUUCAAGCGCGCCUACAGCUACUUCAAGUCUAUUGGCAACGACGUCAAGAUCCAAAAGACAGUGAGUCGCAUCGCAGAGAUCUACCUGGAUCGUGUGUUUGGCCCAGUCGCACUCCUUCACUACCCCUUUGACGAUGUGGCACGUCUGCCCAGCUUCCAGCCCAGCCGAUUCUUACAGCGCGACAUUGACCUGAGUCAACAAGACGACAAGAGCAAACAGCGCAAGCAACGCAAGGAUAACGAGACGAUGCGUCCGCCCAGCGUGACGCCCGCGCCAGUCGCCGAGUUCUACAUCUCUUUCGAGUUGAUUGAGAACCCUGCCAAACUAGCGAUGGACAUCAACGUGGACACAUUCAACAUCCUGCAGCUGUUACGCAACUACAUGAACAUGGCCGAGUUGCGAUUCCUUCAAGGCGACCGCGAUCUCGCCAUCUCAUACUGGACCGAGGCCAAGAAUCUCUACUUCACGCUCUUCUGCGAUGGCCCACAUUUGAUUGGCAAGAACGCGCCACUGCAGUUCCUCAAGAAAGUGUACACGACAUGCAAGCGAAUGAUACGCUUCCUCUUUGCCUUUGACCACGACUUUAUCAACAAGAACUUGAUCCUGAUUGACAGCUACCUGACGCUCGAGUUGGACAUUGCCCAGGCCAAGAAGCGCCAGAUCGACUUCAACAAGCCCAUGUCAUAUGAUGCCAACCCCAUGAUUGGCAAGAUCUACUUGCCCUACCUCGGCAAGUCAUUGACGAUGGGCAAGAACUCAAAGAAGCUGCAGGCAUCAUUCACUCAAUCACCAGUGCGCAACACUCCAGCAGCAGCAGCAGCCGUCGCCGCAACAUCUGGGGCAAGCGCAACCAAUGUAUCAUCACUCACGUUCACAGAGAAGACACGCGACGAGGAGAAGGUCGUCAACACAGGCGAUGAAGUGGGCGAGAAGAUAUGGGGCUCACUGCACGCGAUAAAGAAUGAGAUCAGGAAGUACUCGAUUGGCAAGCUGACGCAGGAAGAGCUGUCAACGCGCGCCAAGGUUACCAUCAAGCAGAUUCUAAAGAUCCAGAACUCGUACAAGAAUCACUUGGCCAACCAGCAGCAGCAACAGUUGUCGGCGUCGGGUCCCGUCAUGCACAGCCCGCUCACCAGCUCCAACAGCAUGGCGUCACUGUUCCGCAGCCAGACCAAGACCAACCUGCUGUCGGACUCGCCAAGUAGCAGUGGCCGCACGCGAACUCCAUCCAACGCUGGCGUAGGCAGCACGCCCGCUGGCAGCGUACGCAACAUGUCCACCAAGUACGAGGAGCUGUCAUUCAAUGCCACGCAGGCAAAGAUCAAUGCAACUCUCCAGAAGCUGGUCUACUCGCUACAAGUCGACAACUACUUUAUCCAUUAUGUGCCCAGCUCGGGUCGCAAGCGCUUCAACCGUAUUGGAGGUGUCGACGAGCUCACUCCCAUGCCACCACCCACUCACAUGCUGUACCUGGAGAUCUACCUGCUGUCCAACGCCAAUGAGAAGGUAUCAUUCGUGGUCAGCCCGUUGAUCACACUCGAGAAGAUCCUGAUGUUCCUGUGCAACAAGCCAUACUGGGCCGUCGACAGCAACGAUACCAAGAAGAAGGGAUUCUUUGGAUCAUUCAGCCGCACGACCAACAACUCAAUGAAGUCUGUGCCCAAGUUCAUUGAGAAGACGGCCAACUUCCACAGCGAGCUCGUUGCCUUCCUCAACUCGACGAUCGGGCCUCCAGGCACCGAGGAGAUCCACGGCUCGGACUCGCCGCCCAUGGAGCGCGCAAUCGACCGCUCGGCAGAGCACCACCACUUGCACCACCCGCUGACGCCGGUGCUGCACUCCACGUCGCCACCCAACAGCGCUGUCCACCACCAGCACAUUAGCACGCAUCCCAACCUCCCGACAAUCAGCGUCACACAGGCCAACAACCCCAACGACGUGCACGGUCGUUCAAUGAGCGUGGGCUCAGGACCGCGUAAGAUAUACACCAACCAGCAGCUGUCACUCAUCUCCCUGGUCAAGCGCAUGAUCAAGAGCGACGACCCUGCCUACUCCAAGGCCUACGUCUCAUUCGACCAACUGUCCUACCAGAUCUGCAAGGUGUUCUCGCAUCGCGAGAUGCGUGAAUGCUCUGAGCAGAACCCGCUGCAGCUGUCGCUGUUUGUCAACAGUAGCGAUGAGAAGAAGAGUGCGACUUCCCUCGAUGCCGCCAUGGACAAGACCCACGACCAGGCCAUCACAUUCACGCCUGAGAUCCUCUCGACGUUCCUGCCACUGCUCAGUCUGACGCCCCUCAAGGAUGUGGCACAGGAGGAGAUGGAUCGCAAGAAGAUCAUCACCGACCUCAAGCACACAACCUUUGCCUCGCUGUUUGAGAUCCUGCCAUCGUCAUCCGACAAGCAUGACGCACAGUCCAAGCCAUCAGCCAGUGCCGCUGCCCUCAAGAAGGCAAGCAAAUCAUUCGUAUUCUUUGGUUCCAAAACCGACAUGGUGUCAAGUCUACCCGCGACAAACAUAUCCACGACUCCAUUGAUAUUCAUCUGCUCAAAGAGCUUACAGGUAUUCCCUUGGGAACUGAUCAUCCCCGACUUUAUGGUCAGGUACUUGACGCUGUUCGACUUGUUGAAGACCAACUACAUUGAUACGAAUGAGGCAGAGAAGAAUGAUAUUGGCACGAUACCAAUGUUUGUCAGUUGUUGUAACACCGCCAUCGAUAAGGCGCACUACACUGACGCACUCAAGAAGGAUCACUUGGUCAAGACAGUCCUACACAACAUAUACACGACACUGUCUGUGCCAUCCAGUCGCUCACUGUCCAACGAGAACAUGCCAUUCCUCUCGCCACUGAUCAAGCUAGGCGUGAAGCCCAGCGUGGCCAAGAAGAAGAACAAGUACUACGACUUUGUCGACCUGUCCACGACCAAGACAUCGGACGUCGUCUCGUACCUGGAACACUUUGACGAGGGCAUCCACUUCCCCGUGCUCGUCUUCACCUACAACGACCUGGCCGACCUCACGCACUACACACUGUACAUGCUGCGAACCAAGCCAAUGUGCAACGUACUGUUCAUCCCGUGCUCCAAGCAGAAGGAGAUCAUGAGCAAGCUGUCCAAGAUCUACGACGUGUACUCGAAGCAACACAUCAAGAACAACACAGUGGUCACACGUAAGGAGCGCUACCAAUUCCUGAUCUCAUCGAUCCAGAGCCUCAAAGAGGAGUUCUAUGUGCCCAUCGCGCUCUUCAAUCCGACAUUCUUUGUAAAUAGCUCCUAA